AUGAAGAAAUUGUAUGGAAAAAAACUAGAGCGUGAAUCUGAAAUUGAUCAAUUGGAAUCAUAUUAUGAAGCUACGGGAGGAGCAAAGAAGAAAAGAUUAUUUGGUCUUGCGUCUAAAGCUGAAAGUUACUAUGGGGAAAAAAUUUAUGCCUAUAAUGCCUCCACAUCAUCAGUACCACCUUUGGUUUCUUUACCGACAACAAGUUUGGAGGAGUUUGUGAAGCAAUUGAUUUCGACACUUACUACUCAUGUUCUUCUGGUAGUUAUUGAGCGUGUUGGUGGUAUUAGGGUACAAGAAAGGGUCGUACUUGAUCCUUCUCCUACUAAUGAUGAUGAUGACGACGUUGAUUCCUAG